AUGAUCGAACCUCUGCUGGAAGUGAUUCCGACCAUCACUAUCCCCAUAUGCUGUCUGAUAUUGUUUCUCGUCUGCAGCCUUCUCUGGCGGGCGUCCCCAGUCUCGCAAGAACCCCCAGUCCUGCGCUCCAAGUUGCCUUUCCUAGGGCAUUUCCUGAGUCUUCUAAAAUUCAAAUACCAGUAUCAUGUCAAUAAUCACAAAAAGUACAACCUGUCUGCGUACACAUUGCCUAUCCUCGGCGGCAAACUUUACGUAGCAUCAUCGCCACAACUAGCAGCAUCCGUUUUUGAGAAGCGCACGCUCAGCUUCGAGCCUCUGAUCGAUAGCUUUGUCCGCACCCUAGUAGGCCUGGACGGCCAGGGAAUGCAGCUGUGGACUGAUCCCGAGUUCCGCACCGCCAUAUUUAGAGUCCUCUACAGAGGCCUCGGUGGACAGUCGCUGGCUGAUCUCACCACGGGGGCUGUCAGCAAGGCAGCCGACUUUUUCAACGAACUAUCACCGGGCCAGCUGGAAGUGGUUGAUUUUUAUGCUUGGAUCCGCAAAGUCGUGGCCACAAACGUCAUGAGUUGCUUUUACGGGGAUCUGAGCCCGUUCAGUAAUCCAAGAGUCUUGCAGAGUUUCUGGACGUACAAUGAUGAGAUGCACAAACUCCUGCCCGGCAUCGCGCCCUCGCUGGUCGCCGCCAACGCCUACGAAGCAAGAACCGAAGUAAUCAAGGCUUUGGAAACAUACAUCAGAAAAGAAAAUGACUUCGGAGAUGACGUACCCCAGUUCACCAGAGACAGAUUCAACGCCGAGCGAAAGUUCGGCAUGUCCAUCCACGACAGCGCCAAGAUCGAGGUCCUUCUGGCCACCGCUCUUGCGAACGUUCCCACGCUGACGUAUUGGCUCAUCACCCAUAUCUACAACCAGCCCGAGCUUCUGGCCAGGAUCCGGGAGGAGCUACUCGGCGCUGCAGUCCAAGACGAUUCCACCAGCGCCGAGGAGCUCCAGAUCACGCUACGCCUCGGCGAAAUCAAAGAUCGAUGUCCCCUGCUCUUCUCGUGUCUUCAAGAGACGCAACGUCACAACAUUGUCGAUAGCAUCACCAGAACGGUGAUGAAGGACACGGCGAUAUCGGACGGUGGCCGGUCCUAUCUCCUCAAAAAAGGGAAUAGUGUCCAAAUGCCCCUCAGCGUUUUACACGCCAACCCGAACGUAUGGGGGGACGAUUCCGAUGUUUGGAUCGGUGACAGAUCACUGAAACUGGGCUAUAUGACAUCUACGCCGCCUGGUUUCCACCCGUUCGGUGGCGGUAAGCACAUUUGCCCCGGUCGCCACCUUGCAAACAGCUUGACUAUCGGGUUCGCUGCCCAGUUGCUUCUCAAUUUCGACGUCAGUGGCGUUGACGACAGCAUUCUUCGGGUCCCGAAGGCUGAAGUUCCUUGGCCAACGACCGGGAUUGGGAGACCGGAGUCGAAACAGGACUUGGGAGCCCGAAUCAGCCGACGGAAAGGAUGGGAGCAUGUCAAGUGGUCUGUAGUGUGCUAA